CAUGUAGCGAAAGUUCAAUUCCAUUUGCAUCAUAUCUAACAUUCCGGAUUUUAUUUUUUUAGUUUAUUUUAUCAAGAGUUCUAAAAAGACUUCAAAUGGAUAAGAGGAAUAAUCCCUUGUGUGUUUGGAUUAGAUUUUUUCUUCUUUGUAGUCGUUGAAUUUUUCAUUUUUUUGACUGGCAUACGUUUUGCUAGAUGUUGGACGAUUUAAUCCCUUUUGCAGCCAAAUUUUUUCUAGGUUUGGCCGGGACGAUCUUUACUAUCUAUGCCUUGAAACCAGUGCAUAUAAUACUACUGGGUAUUUGUUGAGCAAGUUUAAAAUUAUUUAAUUGAACGUGGUGGUAAGGUUUAUGAUCUAUAAAUCUUUCUCAUAAAUGAGUCUUCUGCCUUAUAUACAAUGCACACAUUUCUUUUGACUGUCUAUUUGUCUUGCUUUCAAGUUAGCUGCACUACGUUUGAAUGUAUUGUAUGUUAGUAAAUUUUUCUGUUAAGUUAUAUGUUGAGUUAUUCGGCACAUGACAUUGUCUGCGGUAUAACUGCAGGUUUUAAGGCUCAUAUGCACGGCUGUGGCUCAAGAUUAUAUGUAUAAGACUUAAUGUAGCCAAUCUUCAAGAUAUGUAGGAUAUUUCAUUUCUGAAUUAGUUAUAAGGUGCUUUGGAGCAUUGCACGAGAGCUUGCUUUCAGUUUACUCGAAAAUAUCAUAGAGGUUCUGUAGUUUGCUUGUGCUAAAAGUGAUCAGCGUCAUAAAGAUUCAGAAGCUCUCGGUGCAGAAAUAUUCAUCUCUUGUUAGAUGGCUAGUAGAAAACGAAGCAUAUCAUACGAGGCAGAUGCCUGUGCUGCUCUCCACAAGGAAUUGGAUGAGGCUUCUUGCCCCAUCUGCAUGGACCACCCACACAAUGCUGUUCUGCUUCAAUGCACUUCGCACGACAAGGGCUGUAGACCUUACAUAUGUGAUACAAGUUACAGGCAUUCAAAUUGCCUGGACAGGUUUAAAAAGCUCAGAGAAGAUAACAGGAAUAACAGUCCUCCUGUACCCGGUUCUUCUUCCCCUAGGAGCCAACAAAGUAAUAUUGUCAUAAACUUGGAUUCAACAACUCCAACUGACUCAAUUGAACGAAUUGGAAAUAGCGAUCAAGAUGAAGGAAACCAAGGUGCAGAUGGCCAUUUACAAGGAAUUUUAGAAACGGGCAAUUUUGAGGACAACAGUGUUGAGAGUUCACCAGAAUCAACAUUUAAUUUGAGAUGCCCCAUGUGUCGUGGAGCUGUAGUGGGGUGGAAGGUUGUAGAUGAGGCUAGAAAAUACCUCAACCUGAAGGCUAGAAGUUGCUCUCGAGAAACGUGCUCAUUCUCCGGUAACUAUAGGGACCUGCGUCGACAUGCUAGGCGGGUACACCCAAUGGUCCGACCCGGUGACAUUGACCCGUCUAGACAACGGGCCUGGCGACGCCUUCAGAACCAGAGAGAGUAUGCCGAUAUUGUGAGUGCUAUUCGCUCAGCCAUGCCCGGUGCUGUAGUAUUUGGGGACUAUGCGAUAGAGAAUGGAGAAAGGGAACAAAGGGCCUCAGAUGAAGUGAAUGGGCUUUCAAGGGCUUCAGGUGAGAUUAAUGGGCCUUUGUGGACUACAUUCCUCUUGUUUCAGAUGAUUGAAUCGAUGGAUUCGGAUACCGGGAUGAGAGGUGGGUCAAGGGUACGGGCAGGGCAUAGGCGGUCAAGUGGAGCUUUUCCGAGGCGACGCUUCCUUUGGGGUGAGAAUCUGUUGGGUCUACAAGAUGACAAUGAGGACAACGAUGGAGAUGACGACGAUGAGUUGAUGACUAUAGUAAACAAUGCAGUUGAAGAUGAGUCUCCUGUCCCAAGAAGGCGUCGGCGUCUGACGCGGUAUAGGUCCGACGAAGAUCAACCCUAAGAAUGUCUGUUGUGUGCAAAUCUGCAGCUUAAACAACAGGAUAGUUCACGGGUCUUUCUCGAAGAACCUGGGGUAGAAAAAUGAGUUGGUGAUACCGGGUUGGUUUCACUGUUGGAUGCUUUGCUCUGGAAAUUGUUCAAAGUUGCAUUGCCUGUGGAUUUGAUGGUGUGGUGAAGUUGUUAUUGAACUUGUGUAAUAGUGUGACAUUUUAUUGGCACUAUAUAUGUUGGUCGUUUCCGUAUCCUCCUCUAUUUCAUUCAGUUUUUAGCUCGUAUGCUCUGGUCAAGGAUUGCUGUGAUUGACUAUAAAUAAAAUUGUUCUCUCUCUCUC